UGAAGCAGAACUUCACAGCCUCACAGUUCCCACCAUGAAAGCAAUUCUGCCCUGGGUUUUGCUGACUUCUAUUCCAGCCUUAAUAUCUGCUGAUUUCAUCAUAGCAGAUUUAAAGCACCAAAAGAAAAGAAGCGUCGAUGGGCACCCCACUAAACAAGUGAAGGAGCUUGAAAUUUACAGUUUUAAGGUUGAUUGCAAAAUUACAUCUCGAUUCGCUCGCAAUGUGGUGACCAGUCGGGUAGUGAACCGAGCGAAUGAGUCCAAAGAAGCUUUGUUUGAUGUACAGCUGCCCAAAACAGCCUUCAUUGCCAACUUCAGCAUGAUUAUAGAUGGGGUGGUUUACGUUGGAGUUGUGAAGGAGAAAGAAGUGGCUAAGCAGCAGUACCAGCAAGCAGUCGCACGAGGGCAGACAGCAGGUCUUGUGAAAGUAACUGGAAGGAAAAUGGAAAAGUUUAAAGUUUCAGUAAAUAUCGCAGCAGCUAAAAAAGUAACAUUUGAGCUGGUUUAUGAAGAAUUACUCAAGCGUAAACUGGGGAAAUACGAGAUGGUGAUCAGAGUAAAGCCUGAACAGCUUGUCCAGCAUUUCCAGAUUGAUGUCCAUCUGUUUGAACCACAAGGCAUUGCCUUUUUGGAUGUUAAUGCAACAUUUUUAACAAAUGAUUUAAUGCCAAUUGUGAAAAAGACUCUAACAGGAAAAAAGGCUCACAUUUCCUUCACACCAACACUGGAUCAGCAGAGUGCCUGUACCAGUUGCCAGAACACUGGCCCUCACGGCCCGGUUCGCGUAUGUGCAGUGUACGUCAUCAGUCAGCGCCGAAAGGCCCACGUGCAACUGCAGCCGAGAAGCCGAGCGCGACCCCCGACCCCGACCCGCCGCACCCCCCGACCCCGGGCCGCCGCACCCCCCCGGACCCCCGGGCCGCCGCACCCCCCGACCCCGGGCCGCCGCCUGUGUCCUGUGAACAUCGUCCCGUUUCCUGUUUGA